UAGGCCGCCGCUCCCUCUCCACGUCGCCCAGAACCUUCGCCACUCACGACGUCGCAUGAAGCCGCAGCCACCGUGACUAGUGGAGGCUGCCACACCUUGUCCAGCCACGUUGCCUCGCUCCGUCGAACCCUCUUUGCAGCGCCACCUCGCCCCCGAAAUCCGGCCGACCACACUCCGAGUUGGAUUUUUUUGAGCCGAUAUAGUUAUUGGGAAUGGCAGAAGACAAGUUAGUCAAUACAUUUAACGAUUUGGGAGUAUGUGACCAGUUGGUGGAGGCUUGUGAAAAUCUGGGAUGGAAAAUACCAUCGAAGAUACAGGCUGAAGCAAUUCCUCAUGCGCUUGAUGGAAAAGACUUGAUUGGACUUGCGCAAACGGGUUCGGGUAAGACAGGAGCUUUUGCUCUUCCCAUUUUGCAAGCACUUUUAAACUCUCCAAAAGCAUUCUUUGCUUGUGUGCUAUCCCCUACAAGGGAGCUUGCAAUUCAGAUUCACGAGCAGUUUGAAGCUUUGGGAUCAGGCAUAGGUGUUAAGUGUGCCGUGGUGAGAUUUUGGCCAAAAUUGCUUGUUGGGGGGGUGAACAUGAAGGAACAGAUUAAGAACCUUGAAGCGCAGCCACACAUUAUUGUUGCAACACCUGGUCGCCUUGUGGAUCAUCUUUGCAAUACAAAAGGUUUCUCCCUUCGUACAUUGAAGUAUUUGGUUUUAGAUGAGGCCGAUAAAUUAUUGAACGAGGAAUUUGAGAAAUCGAUCGAUGAAAUUUUAAAUGUUGUUCCUCGUGAGCGGAGCACAUAUUUAUUUUCGGCUACAAUGACGAAAAAGGUUAAGAAGCUCCAAAGGGCUUGUUUAAGAAGUAAUGCUGUGAAGAUUGAAGUAGCAUCAAAAUAUUCAACUGUUGACACACUAAAGCAGCAUUAUUGCUUUUUGCCAGCUAAGUACAAGGAUUGCUAUCUUGUAUAUUUUAUGAUUGAGAAGUGUGGAUUCUCAUCAAUGGUUUUUGUGCGUACCUGCGAUUCAACAUCUUUUGUUGCCCUGUUUCUUCGAAAUCUUGGAUUGAGGGCCAUUCCAAUUAAUGGCAAAAUGACCCAGUCGAAGAGACUUGGAGCCUUGAGAAGGUUCAAAGCAGGAGAAUGCAAUAUUCUUGUCUGCACUGAUGUGGCAAGUAGAGGACUUGACAUUCCAUCAGUUGAUAUGGUUAUCAAUUAUGAUAUCCCUGAAAACCCCAAGGAUUAUAUCCAUCGAGUGGGAAGAACUGCUCGUGCAGGACGGUCGGGUGUUGCGAUCUCUUUAGUGAAUCAGUAUCAACUGCAGUUCUUUUUACAGAUUGAGAAACUUCUUGGCAAGAAGUUACCAGACAUUACUAUUCAGGAAGAGGAAGUCUUGCUAUUGAUGGAGCGUGUCACAGAGGCCAAAAGAAUAUCUCUAUUGAAAAUCAAAGAAUCUGAAGGCAAGAACUCGAGGAGGCGAGGAAGAGAUGAGGAUGAUGACGAGGAUAUGGACAAAUACUUGGGUAUGAAGAAUGCCAAGUCGCAUAAGAAGAUGAGAAAAUGAGUUUAACAGCUCUUCUUUUUCUUGGUUGGAAAGGUUAGGCCUUCAAGUAUAUGAGCCUUGGAUGGACAAAUGCGUCCGCUUUUCUGGAGUGUUCAAUGGCGUGUAUGUUCUGCUAGUGCUCGAUUACUGAGGAUUGGAGUCGAUGUCCGCAAAUGGUAUUUUUAUUCAUGGAAUGUUACAACAAAACAAUUAUUUUGUCCAUCAAUUUAUAGGAUUAAGUACGACAGUCAAGUCUCUUGAUAAAGGGAAAAAAGGGUGCGUAUAGAUUCCUGUAAUUUCUUAGGGGUUUUGGAAUACGGAUCAGUACAGAUUGAUGAAGCAUAAUUUAUUUUUAAAUAUCUUAGAAAAAGAUUUCUGUUCUAGUCCA